AUGACAGAGGUUAACAUAAACUACGACAACAUCCCUAAAAGUGCGCCUGAAGAUUCAAUUUUGAACGCGUUGCUGGAGGACUACUUCAGUUACAAGCAUUUUAAAAGCAAAACCCAAAGAAAUGCUAUUGUCAAAAUAUUGAAAAGAGAAUCUGACGUGAUUGUUUCGUUGCCAAAGGGACAUGGAAGGACUACAUGCUUUCAACUUCCUAUAGUAAUAAGCUCUCAAAAGGUGGCAAUAGUUGUUGUUGGUGUAUCGUCACGGAUUGAAAAGCAAAUAUCCCGUUUGAAUCGUACAGAUGUUUACGCAGAACACAUUCAUGUUGGGAUGUCUUCGGAAGAAUAUGAUGAUAUAAAAACCACUAUAAAUGAUUUAUCCAAUAUAAGAAGUACUCUAAACAGCAUACUGUAUGUGACGCCCGAUGUAGUCCCUACUGCUAACUUCCACAACUUGUUGCACCAUUUAAACGACAGAAAUAGUUUAGGGUAUAUAGUCGUUGACUUAUCGUAUUGUGAAAAUGACUGGUUAACAGGCCUAACAGAGGAUCGUUACGCAUUAGAUUUAGGUGCACUCAGAGACGAAUUCAUGGAUACAUCUUGGGUUGUCACAACCGAAAAAGCCAGACCUGAAUUUAUCGAUCACAUCAAAUCUACACUGCGUCUUAGAACUCGAAGGGCUGAUAUCCCCAGGGAUGCCAUACCUUGGUUUUCUAUGGAUAUUGAAGCUGAUGAUGUACUACUCGACCGUUGA